AUGGGGUGUCUGGGCACCAGCAAGACGACAGAAGACCAGGGCGUCGAUGAAAAAGAACGACGCGAGGCCAACAAAAAGAUCGAGAAGCAGCUGCAGAAAGAGCGCCUGGCUUACAAAGCGACUCACCGCCUGCUGCUACUGGGGGCUGGCGAGUCUGGGAAAAGCACUAUCGUCAAACAAAUGAGGAUCUUGCACGUCAAUGGAUUUAAUCCCGAGGAAAAGAAACAGAAAAUUCUGGACAUCCGGAAAAAUGUCAAAGAUGCUAUUGUGACCAUUGUUUCAGCAAUGAGUACCAUAAUACCUCCAGUUCCACUGGCCAACCCUGAAAACCAAUUUCGGUCAGACUAUAUCAAGAGCAUAGCGCCUAUCACUGACUUUGAAUAUUCCCAGGAAUUCUUCGAUCACGUGAAGAAACUGUGGGAUGAUGAGGGAGUGAAGGCGUGCUUUGAGAGGUCCAACGAGUACCAGCUGAUCGACUGUGCACAGUAUUUCCUGGAAAGAAUCGACAGUGUCAGUUUGGUGGACUACACGCCCACAGACCAGGACCUCCUCAGAUGCAGAGUUCUGACAUCGGGGAUUUUUGAGACGCGAUUUCAAGUGGACAAAGUGAACUUCCACAUGUUUGACGUUGGUGGCCAGAGGGAUGAAAGAAGAAAAUGGAUCCAGUGCUUUAACGAUGUCACUGCCAUCAUUUACGUUGCGGCCUGCAGCAGCUACAACAUGGUGAUCCGGGAAGACAACAACACCAACAGGCUGAGGGAGUCCCUGGAUCUUUUCGAAAGCAUCUGGAACAACAGGUGGUUACGGACCAUUUCUAUCAUCUUGUUCUUAAACAAACAGGAUAUGCUGGCCGAAAAAGUCUUGGCAGGGAAAUCAAAAAUUGAAGACUAUUUCCCAGAGUAUGCAAAUUAUACUGUUCCCGAAGACGCAACACCAGAUGCAGGAGAAGAUCCCAAAGUUACAAGAGCCAAGUUCUUUAUCCGGGAUCUCUUUUUGCGGAUCAGCACGGCCACGGGUGACGGCAAGCACUACUGCUACCCCCACUUCACGUGUGCCGUGGACACGGAGAACAUCCGCCGCGUGUUCAACGACUGCCGUGACAUCAUCCAGCGCAUGCACCUCAAGCAGUACGAGCUCCUGUGAGGGGCGCCCGCCCUCCUGUCUGUCCCCAGCCCUGGUAGACCCAGUGAGUUCCUACUGUCACCUGCUGCACCCGGCCUGCUUGGUAUCUGCCCCAUGUGACCACCAAGCCUCUGGCUACCUCUGUCCCCCUCAGGUUUGGUUUUGUAGCUUUUGUUUUCCUUG